CGGCGCUGCGGCAGCUGGGCCGCGCGGCCCCGCGGGCGGCGGCGACGGGCUGGGCGCCGAGCCGUGCUCACCGCCUCACGCCGGCGGACGACGAGCUCUACCAGCGGACGCGGCUGACGGUGCUGGAGCCCGAGUCCCCCAACACCAUGUUCAUCGAGGGUUACACCAGCCGCGGCUUCACCAUCAGCGGGAGCCUAGUGGUGGGGCCCUGCGCCAUCCUGCCCCGCACCAUCCUCCAGUGGAACGUCGGCUCCUACAGGGACAUCUCGCAGGAGAGCCUGUCGCUGUUCCGGCUGCUGGAGCCCCGAAUAGAGAUCCUGGUCCUGGGCACGGGAGACAGGGUGGAGCGGCUGCACCCCGCCGUGCUCAAGCGGAUGCGGGAGUGCGGUAUUGCUGUGGAGGUGCAGGACACGCCGAAUGCAUGUGCAACCUUCAACUUUCUACUCAACGAGAAACGCCUCGCAGCUGCUGGGCUCAUCCCUCCCCGGGGCGGCUAGGCGCUCUUGGCCGCGGGCUGAACAGCUCCUCUGGCCUGCCUAAAGCACUGGGCUGCCGCGCCCUGACUGCCGCUGCUCCAGAGGGGGAAAGUGCUUCGGAAUAAACUGGCAGACCCCGGCUGCUGGCUGGGCGGUGGCCCUGUGCGCACAGGGA